AGGAAGGGGAGGGGCCCGGCGGGGUGGCCCGGGCGCGCGUGCGGGUCGCGUGAGGCCGGGCCCUGCUGUCGUCACCCGCCUCAGGAUGGUCCCCACCGCCUCCACCGCGGCGGCCCUGCCGGAGCCACGGCGGGCACUUCCGGGGGCCCUCGGGUGUCCGUUGGGUCUGUCAGUCAGCACGCACUCUCCCGAGGGCGUCGAGGCAGGCAAGUGCGUCCCUGGGCCGGCGGAGGCUGGAGCACCCAGGCGGGCAGCGGGCAGCGGGCAGCGGGCAGCGGGCACGCCCACGCUGACGAAGAGCACAUUUCAAACCUUUGGGAAAGAAGUGUGCUUCAUAGAUCAGUCGAUGUGUCCUGUCCCCAGUACUGUUCAUCAAGAGCCCAUCUGCUGUGAGUGCCAGGCCAAAUGCAGGGGCUACCUGCCGGUGCCCAGGUUUGAGGCGACGUUGCCUUACUGGGUCCCGUUGUCCCUGAGACCCCGAAAGCAGAUCCAAAAGAUGGUCCAGUUUAAUAUCCCUAAAACCUCCGAGGCAUGCCCCUGCCCAUGCCACCGCUUUGGGGGCCGCCUCCCGAUGCCUAGGGAUCAGGCAGUGAUGCCCUACUGGGUGCCUCAGGUCCUGAGGCCUCACAAGAAGGUGGUGAAAAGGCAGCAGAGUUUUACAGGCAUCCAAGGGCCUGACUUGCUUUCUUGCCUAGAACCUGCCCUGGGCUUGCGUUCCUGGUACAACCGUUGGCGGAUCUGCUGUGAUGGGCACCUUCUCCUCAAGUGGCAGCAGCUCCAGGCCCUUCACCAGCAUGAACCACUGGCCCCAGGGAAGGGAGCGAGCAUCCCAGCCCCACUCCUGCCCCGCAGCCUCCUGACCCUCCUGCAGGCUGUCCUGAGGGUCGUGGUGGCCAUUCGACAGUUGUUCUGGGUUUGAAGUUGGAAUCUUCAGCCACUGCCAAGAACAUCAACGAGAACUUCAGUCAUAAUCAAGGUCUUUAAGGAAAGUUGUUGCAUUAGGAGGAGUCUGUGAUAACAGCCAUUUUCUCAGGUCAUCUAGCUCACGCCCGGGGUAGAGUCCAAGUUCUUUCUCAUCAGGCAGUGCUUGGUUGUGCACAGCUGCCCUGGGUGCGGGUGAGACUCCGGUGUAAAUGCGGCCAAUAAAUGUUAUUUGUGAAACUCCAAA